AUGUCUGUCCGGCGCUCACAUGACGCAGCCGCCACCCGGCACGUGGCGAAGCUCAUGGACACCGUCAAGGCCUGGGGCGGCCUCCUUCGCUCUGGGCGGGACGGCGCGUUGGCCUCGGACGGCUUCGCGACGGUCGAGAGGGCCGAAGCGGGUCGGCAGUCCGAGAGCGAGCCCAUGAGCGCUUGCGCAGGCGAGGCCGAGGCCGUGGCUGUGGCAGAUCCGCGGCAGCGGCGCCGAAGCCAGCGCGAGCAGGACGUAGACGACCUGAUUAAGGCCUUCUGCGCGGAGACAAGCUGGCUCGAGCGGUCGCAUUCGGCGCGCGACCCGUGA